UUAUUUACUCUUACAAAAAAAUGGUAUACUUUAAUAUAUAUAUGUAUAUAUAUUGGAGGAGUAAUAGUGGAAUUUAAACCAUUAAACCCAAAGUUUAUACAAAUUGAAAUUGCACUCGAAAUUCUUUCAAAAUAAAAAGAAAAAAAAGAAAUUGCACUCGAAAUAAAAGGAACACUUUUUUUUUUGCGACAGUAAAAUCCAAAGGAAAACAUCAUCCGCACCCAAUUUACCUAACCCUACUUUCUCCCCUGGAAGCCAAUUAAUUAGCUUCGAAGCGGUCCCACCGAACCGCACGUCACUGUACAGCAGCAAACAGUACCCACUCGUGUUACCACUUUCUCAGUCUUUUUUUUUCAAAAAAGGUAGGAAAAACCCGAGGGCAUAAAACAUAGAGAAGAAGCGAAGAAUUCAAGCGGGAGAGGAUGACAGAAGCGAUGGACGUCGACGGCGCCGGCGGCGAAGAGAACUUUCGGAGUUGCCUGAGCAGCUUGAUGGACACCGGCACCGUUGAGAGCCACAGAUACUAUCUGGCUCGGAAAACGCUGCUCGAAAUGCUUAGGGAUCGUGGAUUCGCGGUGCCCAAUUGUGAGAUUGAGGUUUCUCUUGGAGAAUUCCGCACUAAGCAUGGCGAUAAUCCUGAUGUCGAUGGAUUAAGGAUUUCUUCUCUUCACAAGGACGAUCCUUCUAUAAAGGCCCUAGUACUAUUCUGUGAACCGGGCAUAGUUAAAGUUAAUGUUGUGCGUGGCAUUGCAGCAAGAAUAAGUCAAGAGGGACUAGAUAGGCUUAUAUUAGUAGUGCAGAGUAAAAUAACUAGCCAGGCCUCAAAAGCUGUGGAACUCUUUCCUUUCAAAGUCGAAAUUUUCCAGAUCACCGACUUGCUUGUCAACGUAACUAAGCAUGAACUGAAGCCAAAACAUCAAGUGCUGACCAAUGCAGAGAAGGAAAAACUGCUGAAACAGUACAGCAUUGAAGAAAAGCAGCUCCCACGGAUGUUGCUGAAAGAUGCGAUAGCUCGUUACUAUGGACUGGAGAAAGGGCAGGUUGUGAAGGUCACAUAUGGUGGUGAAUUGACGCAGUUACAUGUAACAUACCGUUGUGUUUGGUGACAUCUCAAUGAAUGUGUUAGUUAUUUUAGGGGCUUUUGGUGCCAUGGAUUUUAGGCCCUACUGGAAAUUUGAUGACCGCUGUACAACUUUGAAACUUUCUACUAUUUUGUAUCUUGUGGGGUUUUGGCAUAUGCAUCAUGUUAUGAGCUA